GGCGUGGCCAGCAGAGCAGCUCCAUAAAGGCACAAAACUCCUUGGUGAGCGGAUUAGUAGAAAGUGCUUUCUAAAGAAUCGGCAAAUAACUUCCAAACAGUACGGAUUUAUAAUUUACACCUCACAGGUUGAAGAUGACUAAGGACUCCGAAGUAGACAUGAAAGACGUGGAGCUCAACGAGCUGGACCCCGAGAAGCAGCCCAUGACCGGCGAGGGCCAGACUGUGGGAGGCGAGAAGAACGGCAGCGUCAAGGUGAAGGUCUCCGAGGAGGAGGCCGCAUUCACCGGCCUUUCCAAGGAAGAACUCAUGAAGGUUGCCGGCACUCCAGGAUGGGUGAGGACCCGCUGGGUGCUGCUCAUCCUCUUCUGGCUGGGCUGGGUGGGCAUGCUGGCUGGAGCCAUCGUCAUCAUCGUGCAGGCUCCGCGCUGCAAACCCAUUCCGGAGAUGCACUGGUGGAACGAGGGACCUCUGUACCAGAUAUCUGACCCUGAGGCUUUCUCAGAUGGACUGGCAGAUGUGCCGAAAAAAUUGGACAACAUCAACCAGCUGAAGGUGAAAGGUCUGGUGCUCGGCCCUCUUCACACGGUGCAGGCGGACAAUUCAAACACUUUGGACUUGAAAACUAUCGACCCUAGUCAGGGAACCGAGGCGGACCUGGAUGAGAUCUUGGAGAAAGCCCACAAGAAGGGUAUUUCUGUGGUGCUUGACCUGACUCCAAACUAUUUGGGAGCAUCUCCCUGGUUCAGCAAUGCUGUCCUUAACGAUAUUGUAAAUGAUGUCGAGGUUGCGGCAAAACACUGGCUCGACAGGGGCUUCGACGGCAUCAAGAUUGCCGACCUCGCCUCAGCCCCCAACGCUUUGGACUGGUCCAGCCUUCAAGGCAAUGACACAGAGGAUGCUAAAAAAAAGCUGCUGAUGGGCGUGGUUAAAGGCGUUUCGGCCACUGAGCUGUCCCAGCUGGUCAAUGGGUCCAGUGCUGAUCUGGUGCUGUCGGACCUGCUCAGCACCAACAGUCAAGGGGGGCAGCGCAUCAACGCCUUGGACUCCCUGCACAGUCAGCAGAGAAGCCUCGCUUGGGGUCUUGGCGCCGCCGAAGGAGAACAACUGUCCAAACGGGCUGCGUCUCAGGCUCUGAUCCGCCUCCAUCAGCUGCUGCUCUUCACCAUGCCCGGCACGCCCGUUUUUAGCUACGGCGAUGAGAUCGGCCUCCAGAUGCAAGGCGACAAAUCUCCCAAGAUGGUUUGGGACAUCGAGAAAGAGCCUGAGGAGGGAGCAAACGUCAACGAGACUUCGGAUGCUCAGCGUAAAGAAUUCGUAGCAGUGAGGAAUUGGUUCAAAUCCCUCAGCGACCUUCGAGGUAAAGAGCGCUCCCUCCUUCACGGGGACUACUACUCUCUCCAGUCGUCCGCCUCCUCCCUCUCCUUCCUGCGCUCUUGGGACCAGAGUGACCGAUUCAUCACAGCGGUCAACUGGGGCUCUGCUACAGAGACGCUCCAACUCAAGCUGCCGCCAACCGAUGAAAUGAAGUUGCCAGAGUCUGCAACAGUGAAGGUGUCCACAGAUCCAGAGCUAGCGGUAGAUUCCACAGUCCCCCUGGACAAAGUCACCCUGGCACCUGGACAAGGUGUCCUCCUGCACUUCCCCUACACAGGCUGAAGAUGGUGUCAAGCUGCAGGCAAGUCGCCAGUAGAUUGAAGGUUUUAGGUUUUUUUUGGUUUCUGUUUUUAGACAUAAAUCGAUAGCCAAACUGAUGUUUGAGGAAUUUAGGAGGAUACGGAACGUUUCUUUUUACACAUUUUACAGGAUUUGGCUCUAACUACCAGGUUGUUACAAUUUUUAUUUUCAAGUGUUGUUGGUCGUGUCGGACAUACACUCAAUGCAUAUUGUUUACAAAAGUCUCACAUUCCAUUCUUGUUUGGCUUUUUUUUUAAUUUUCUUAAGAAGAUUUACUUAUUUGUCAUUUGGCUCUGUGGCAAGGAGUGGUGUGUGUAUGACAAGAAAAAGGGAGGAAGAAAAGAGUUCUCAACGGAAAUGAAUAAACAGAAAGUUCUUUACUAA